GUUUAGUUAUUUUUAGAAGAUGUGUUUUUUACAAUAAUUUUUUAACUAGUCUUUAUCAAUCAUGUCAUCAGUUUUUUUUUAUUUUUCAUUUUUAUUAUGGGGAUUAUUUAUGGGGAUUUUUUGUCCGCGUCCCCUAUACGAAAGUCCGUCGUAGAGAGGUUUUUUAACAACAUUUUUAAUGCUUUUGUUACGUUCCUACAAAAAUGUCCGUUGUGAAAAGGUCUCCGCCGUGUCCACUACCCGGAGGUGUCUAUUAAGAGAGGGGAAAGUUAUUUUAUUUAUUAUUUUAUUAUUAUAUGUAUUAUUUUAUUUAUUUGCUGUACGUUUACGCAGUUGGCUGUAUUUGAUAAUGGGCGGUUCAAGACAAAUACGUUUCUGACAAUGACUCUUCUACAGUAAACUGUUCUGUUGAUGACACGUUAGACCUGAAUUUUCCAAUCCGUAUGCAAAUUUUUGAAAAAAAAACAAUAUUUCAUAAAAACAUUACUGCAAAUUAAAUACAUGACGGCACGAGAUACUUGUUAAUUUAUAAAUACAGCGCUAGUAAAUCAAAUUCGUGUGAAUUUCGCUUGUGUUGGUAGCAGUGUAGAAAUCGCGUCUAUCUUCAUCCCGUGACCUGCUGGUCCUGUCACUGUCACCCAGUGCAUGCCUUUGUAUUUUGUUCUAUGUACUGGCUCGGUUCCAGAGACAUUUCCAAUUGUGCUGAUUACAUUUAUGUAUUAGUGAAGUGUUUAUUACCUCGUGUAAAAAUGGCAGGAGCGAGCGAUCGCCAUCUUUACACCAACAACGACACCUCCAGCGACACCGAAGACUACACGGACGACCGUCGCCGCCGCGUCUUCAAAAACCGUCUUAGUUAUGGAUCGUGUUCGAAGCCGAAACCGUGCCUUGUGCAACGCUCAACGUCCCUAUCGGACCCCCGGUGCCACUCUGUAGCUACGCCUAAGCAAUGUCACAAUGCUCCUCGCAAUAGAAGUCGCAACGUCCUGCCCCCGAAUAAGAGCCAAGCGAACGUCUCCAUUUCGGGCCCCACGAAUGUGAGUGACGACAGGGUGACCCUGGUGGUGGACAACACCAGGUUCGUGGUGGACCCGGCCCUCUUCACGGCGCACCCCAACACCAUGCUGGGCCGCAUGUUCAGCUCCAAUCUCGAGUUCACGCAGGCCAACGAAAGGGGCGAGUUUGAGGUGGCUGAUGGGAUUCCUGCCACGAUUUUUAGGGCCAUUUUGGAGUACUACAAAGGGGGGCUGAUCAAGUGCCCCCCGUCCGUGUCGGUGCAGGAGCUGAGGGAGGCCUGUGAUUACUUGCUGGUGCCUUUUGAUGCCAACACCGUACGCUGCCAAAAUUUAAGGGGUUUACUGCACGAGCUGUCCAAUGAAGGCGCCCGUUGCCAAUUCGAAGUUUUCCUCGAAGAACUCAUCCUUCCUCUCAUGGUAAAUUCCGCCCAAAGAGGCGACAGAGAGUGUCACAUUGUCGUUCUUUUGGACGACGAUACAGUCGACUGGGACGACCAAUACCCGCCACAAAUGGGCGAAGAAUACAGUCAAACUGUCAACAGUACUGCCAUGUACAGAUUCUUCAAAUAUAUAGAAAACAGAGACGUGGCCAAGCAAGUGUUGAAAGAUCGAGGCUUGAAGAAAAUUCGACUCGGAAUCGAAGGUUAUCCAACCUAUAAGGAAAAAGUGAAGAAGCGUCCAGGCGGCAGGGCCGAAGUGAUCUACAAUUACGUCCAAAGACCGUUCAUCCACAUGUCGUGGGAGAAAGAGGAGGCGAAAAGUCGUCACGUUGACUUCCAGUGUGUUAAAUCAAAAAGUGUCACAAAUCUGGCAGAAGCCACCGCUGAUCCAGCUUUGGAAUUGGACGCCAGAGGGAAUCCUAUUGUUGCAGUGACCAUUUCGGAUCCGCCACCGCUCGAUAUGGCCCCCUUGGAUAUGCCCCCGGGGGGCGAUAACGACGAGGGGGCGGUGGGAGGAGGGCUUCCUGAUCUAGACGUCGCCAGUGUACCCCCAGAAGAGCAAAAUUAGGAAAUUCGACUGAGAAGCGUCGCUGUAUCUGUGUAAUUUUUUUGUUUGUUUUUUUUUUCAGAGAUCUGUUGCUGUUUUGGGCCAAUGAUAUUAAAUGCCUAUUUUGGUCUAAAGUAUGUGUACAGGGUGAGUCAAUUAUGGGUUAUUUCUGACAUUUCAGAAUUAAACCACCAUUCAUCCUGUAUAAAAUAUACAGGGUGAUUUUUAAAAAAUGGCAGGCGCUGUAGUUUUUCUUUAUGGCCCAAUUUUAAAAAAUAAAAAAUCAUUAAACGUCACUUUAUAUUUUGGGCUGUAAAAUAACAACUUUGUUAUUUUAAAUUAGAAUUUCCAUUUUCUUUUCAUAAUUUCAAACAUUUUAGCUUUUUUGACAAAAAAUUUAUAGAUUUGAAAAAAGUAAUAAAAGUUAAAACCAAUGCCAUUAUUGUUGUGUUAAAAGUAGUAAAUAAAAGAAAGUAUGAAAAAUAUUUUUUCAAAUAUCUGUUAUUUAACUAAAAUAAUUUAUUUUAAAGAAAGCUAUUGACACCAUGCAACUGGAUUUUAUUCCAAAUGGUGUAAUUUUUGCUUUUUAUGAGAGUUUAAAGAUAUUUUUAAGCAUAAAAUAUAUUCUUCUUGUGGAAUUUUCAAAAACUGAACCAAAAAAAAUUACUAAAAUUGAGUUAUUUUGCCUUUUUUAAAUGAUUUCCAACCGAAAUGCAAUUGUUUGACAAAUUUUUAUAGAAAAAUUACCAAAUUAAUUCAUUAAAAAAUCUAAUUAGUUCUGUAUUGUUUCGGCAUUUAUUUCGCAAAAACCAAUCAAAAAUUAAUAAAUUGGGUGGAAAUUAGUGAAUUCUUAUCUUCUGUGGAGGUUUAAUCACAGUUUUUGAGCUUAGAAUUAACAGAUUUUUCAAAACGAAAAAAAAUUGAGUCAAAAAAAUAUUAUUUUCAUCGUUUAGCAAAAUUUCGUAAAAAUCGAAUAAACCAAUCAAACAUCAAUAAAAUGAGUGGAAGUUAGUGAAUUUUUGUCUUCUGUAGAGGUUUAAGUACAGUUUUAAGCUUAGAAUUGACACAUUUUUCAAAAUGAAAAAAUUCAAGUCAAAAGUAUAUUUUUUCUCUUUUUUGGGCAUAAUUUUUUGGUCAGAAAAGCAUCUUUUAGCAAAAUUUUGUAAAAAUAAACCGAAUUUCCACCAAAUUAAUUCGAAAACACAAAUUUCAGAAGUGAACAAAAAAUGUAUCGAAAUAUUAAGUCAUUUUGCGAAAUAAACCGAAUAGACUGAAAAUGAAGUUAGUUUUGAAUUUAUUAUGCGUUUAACCAUAUUCUGAAGCCAAUCCUUUUGCGUUAAUUUCCCAAAAAUCAUGAAAUAACCUCGAAAACGAUAAUUUUUGCCUUCUUUGAUAAUUGAAGCAAGCUUUUAAGUUUGUUUUUAAUAUUAGGAUUUUCGAACAAAAAAAAUCAUCAAUUUCAGUGGAAGAUUGCUUUAUUUUGGCUUUUUUGAACAUAAUUUUUCAAUUGAUAAGUAAAAUUUGGUGAAAAAUCCCGAAAUAAAAAAAAGUUGUAAUUUGCUUAUUUUAUGGCCUUUAGGACAUUUUUCAGGUACAAACCCAAUUAUUUUACUGGAAAUUUGGGCACAUUUUUUAAACUUUUUGUUUUUAUAAUCUAAACAAAAAAAUUUUUCUUUGGAUUUUCAGAGCUAUCUAGCAAAUUUUCAACCAGAAAUUGUUCAGUUUUGCGUGUUUCAAGUGUUUACUCAUCUUGUAGGCUAAAAACGCAGUGAUUUUGCGAAAAUUUCUCCGAAAUGAGUAAAGCAUUCACUCAAAAUAGCAUUUAUUAAGCAGUUUUUUAGCCAAAUAAUGGCCAAAAAAAAUCGCCGGAAUUGAGCCAAAAAUGUGUGUUUCCAAGGUUUAAACAUGUUUUUUAAGUUCAUCAAAACCAAAAACACGUCCAAACAUUUCAGGCAAAUAAUGUUUCAAUUAAUCAUGUAACAAUUAAUAAAUUUUAAAACAACUGAUCAAAUUUUAUGUGCCAAGGUGAGAUUUUCUGUUUAAUGUUUUUGAAAGAAGUUAGGUACAAAAGGAGAACAAAAAAACUAAUAUUUUUUAGAUUAUAAAAAGAAAAAGUUGAAUAUUAUAAGCCCAAAAUUACUUUAACAAGAGUAUCAGCUUAUACUCGAUUAAAAGUAAUUUUUAGUGUUUGAAAUCGGGCCAUAAAUAAAAAUUCUCCAGCGCCUGUGUUUUAAAAAAUCGCCCUGUAUAAAAUUUUAGUCCUCCAAUAAAUGUGGAUCAGUUAUUGUUACCGCACAUUUCAGGUUAAUAAUGUGAUCACGCCGGCACAAUUCAAAUGUUUUGCCUUAAGUCAAGGCUGAAAAUGUUCACUCUGUAUAUAAUAGCUGUCCUGGCUGUGCCCUGUAACGAACUGGUUUUGAUAACACAUUCCUUUGAUUUACAAAGUCCAAAUUCGCGAACCCUUGAGACUGAAAUUGUAGAUUGUUUUUACUUUGCUCAUUUAUUUAUUUGUACAUAUUGUAUCAUUUCAAUUAAUCUGGCAUUACGCUUUGCUUUUAAUAUCAAUGUAGCUUAAGGAUUUUAUACCUGUUGUUUUUAUGAAACGAAAUAAAUGGAGUUUCAACGUACAAA